UCUUAUUGUGAAAGCAAGGGGAGGCCGGCACAAUGCUUAGUCACGAUGAGUUACAGCUUUCCCCCUCCUUCCGAUGUGGCGCACAGCUCAGCACAGUGCGAUGGAGAAACUGAACUAGACUAGCUGUCAGCUGAGUGCACAGCUUCCUAGUAAGUGGUGCAAACAAAUUCUUUAGCUGCACAACCUCGGGGAAGGAGUCUCUGGAGGCAGCCACUGAACACCCCCUCAUUCCCAAGGGCUCCACGUCAUGCUUAUGACACUUCUGGCACUAGUCCCUGUUUUCUUUGUCCUUUCAGAGUUGACAGCCCUUCCACUGCCUUAUCUACAGAAUCUGUCUGCAGCUCUCAACAGCAUUGUAGCCCUCUGAAGGCAACUUUAAUUAUUACCACUUUAAAGUGACGCAGUAAAUCAAAACUUUUUCCCUCACUGGAGGAAUCGGUAUGCAGGACAGACCUACCUGAAUCUCACAGCCAUUUCCAGUAAUAUUCAACUAUGUUUAUUUUGUUCAUUGGGCAUUUCUGAUAGAUUGCUUUACUGAAGAUAUUAGAGAAAUUUAAAUACAUUUGGACACAAAAAAUUAAAAGGCGAUGAUUCCCAAGACAAAAUUACAAAUAUUGCAAUAGACUUUAUGAAGACUCUUGUUGCAUGUGUUCAUCUCUUACAUUCAUAAAAUCAUUCUUGGCUGGUUAUUCUCUAACUCUUUUAUGCAAGGAGAACCCUUGGACAAAACCAGAAGAAUCAGACAUUUUCAUUAUGUUGGACCUGCAACGUUACAGCGCACAUGGCCAUGGCUGGCAGCUCACAUGGAAGGCUCUAAUAAUGCCAUAAUGAGCAGUAUGUCUGGACUCAAGUACUGAAUAGAUCAAGGAAAUCCUCAUGUCCACAUAAAGAAAUUCCUGAACAUAGACACAAAUCAGGCAUCCUCUGGUGAGCCUGGAACUUUCUGCUUAGCUUUAGUUCACACAUGUAUUUUACCAGUGCCUGCAUGUGGUGCAAGGAUGCCCCAUAACACCGCCUACUGUUCUUGAGAACAACGCCAAGGAGGAGGAGAAAGAGUAGGAAAUGACAGAGUGCCUAACAGAAUACAAAGCGCUGGUGACUCCGUCCACGCGCAACGGUCACCGUGUCUUCAGCUACACGCUCGAGAGCCACACUGCAGCUGCCUUCACCAUCAUGAACGAGCUGCGUCUGGAGCGUCAGUUGUGCGACGUCACACUGCGAGUGCGCUACAAAGACCUGGAGGUGGUGGACUUUGUGGCUCACAAGGUGGUGUUGGCCUCAUCAUCUCCAGUCUUCAGAGCCAUGUUCACCAAUGGCCUGAAGGAGUGCGGUAUGGAGUUGGUGUCCAUCGAGGGAAUCCAUCCCAGGGUCAUGGACAGACUGAUAGAGUUUGCCUACACAGCGAGUAUCUCUGUGGGGGAGAAGUGUGUGAUCCAUGUGAUGAACGGCGCCGUCAUGUACCAGAUAGACAGCGUGGUCAAGGCAUGCUGUGAUUUCCUGGUCCAGCAGCUCGACCCUAGCAACGCCAUUGGCAUCGCCAACUUCGCUGAGCAGAUAGGUUGCACAGAGCUCCACCAGAAGGCCAGAGAAUACAUCUACAUGAACUUCAGCCAGGUGGCGACCCAGGAGGAGUUUUUCAACUUGUCCCACUGCCAGCUGGUAACUCUGAUCAGCCGCGAUGAACUCAAUGUGCGCUGCGAGUCUGAAGUCUUUCAGGCAUGCGUAGCCUGGGUGCGAUACGAUCGGGAGAACCGGCGACCAUAUGUCCAGGCCUUACUCCAAGCUGUGCGCUGCCAUUCCCUCACCCCCAACUUCCUGCAGACCCAGCUCCAAUCUCUGGACUGGGACCCCCAGUGUAAGGACUACCUGGCCCAGAUCUUCCAGGACCUCACUCUCCAUAAGCCCACCAAAGUCAUUUCUUGCCGAACUCCGAAGGUGCCACAGCUCAUCUACACAGCAGGGGGGUAUUUUCGUCAGUCUCUCGGCUACCUGGAGGCAUAUAAUCCCUGUACAGAAGCUUGGCUAAGGCUAGCGGACCUGCAGGUUCCCCGCAGUGGCCUGGCAGCCUGUGUGAUCAGCGGGCUUUUCUACGCAGUUGGUGGAAGAAACAACGCGCCUGAUGGCAACAUGGACUCAAAUGCUUUGGACUGCUACAAUCCCAUGAACAACUGUUGGCUGCCGUGUGCAUCAAUGAGCGUGCCUAGGAACCGAAUUGGAGUUGGUGUCAUCGAUGGCAUGAUAUACGCAGUUGGUGGAUCACACGGAUGCGUUCAUCAUAAUAGUGUGGAAAGGUAUGACCCAGAAAGGGACCAGUGGCAACUGGUAGCUCCCAUGUUGACACGCCGUAUUGGUGUGGGUGUGGCAGUCAUCAACCGACUGCUUUACGCUGUAGGAGGGUUUGACGGGAACAACCGGCUCAACUCCUGUGAGUGCUACAACCCAGAAAGGAACGAAUGGAAGACCAUGGCCCCCAUGAACACUGUCCGCUCAGGAGCUGGUGUGUGUGCCCUGGGGAAUCACAUCUUUGUGAUGGGCGGCUAUGAUGGCACCAACCAGCUGAAUACAGUGGAGCGCUACGAUGUGGAAACGGAUACAUGGAGCUUUGCUGCCUCCAUGAGGCACAGACGCAGCGCUCUGGGAGUCACUGCACUGUGUGGACGCAUCUAUGUGCUGGGAGGUUAUGAUGGCAACACUUUCCUGGACAGUGUGGAAUGUUACGACCCAGAGAAGGACACCUGGUCUGAGGUGACACUCAUGACAUCAGGACGGAGCGGUGUCGGCGUGGCCGUUACUAUGGAGCCCUGUCAGAAAGAUCUGCCACAGUGUCAAAACUGUGAGAAGGGGCGAGGUGCAGGGUCAUUGGCCCAUCAGUCAACCACCUCCCAAUCAGAAUAUGACCCCAGCGGGCCCUUUGGCAAUGGUACAUGAGGCCCCAUCAGACAGAUAUGCACUGACAAGUACCCCAAAACUCAGUUCUGUCUUCCCAAAUCAAAAUACAGACCCUCACAACUGAUUAGAGACAGAGGUGAGCUGAAACACCAUGUGCAGCCACACAGGCAGCUGUAAUCACAUUGGGUGUCAAUUAAAAAAAAAAAAAAACACUUAAAUUGUGGUGAUUCAAAGUACAUGUAAGUUCAUUAUCUGCAUUUGACCACAGUCAAGUAUGACCUCAGAUUCUUUAGUCCAGAUUUCAGGGUCUACAAUCAUUAAUUUGUUUGUGGUUAAUUGUUUUCCACCAAAAUUGACAGACCUCAGCCCAUCUGUGUGUUCACAUCUGGCAUCUUAAAUUAGACCAUCUCCCAGAUUUGAGCCAUGGGAGUAAAGGGCUGCAUAAUAUGACGGGCAAUGUAUGGGCUCAAAGACACAUCAGGGGAGAAGCUGGAAAAGUUUCAUCUGAGGGCAGAAAAAUGAUCCCACUUUGUU